GACACAUAGUAUGACCAUUAGGUAUUCCGUCUCCCAGCCAUUUUCUAUGGAAAAUCAAAAAGAUCAGAUGAUCAUGAUAGCCACUGGCAGCUUUAAAGAAUGGGACGUCUUUAGAGAAGCUUGAUUUUGAAGGCCUCAUCGUGAGACCUUACAAAGCCGGAGUCCGGCAGAGUUCCUCUAUCUCGUCUUGACACAGUUGAAGUGGCCAUCUUCUUCAAUUCUCUGUCUCCUGGGAGGUAGCCAGAAAUCAGCAUCAUGGUUGGGUUUAAGGCCACAGAUGUGCCUCCAACCGCCACUGUGAAGUUUCUGGGGGCCGGCACGGCAGCCUGCAUCGCGGAUCUCAUUACCUUCCCCCUGGAUACUGCUAAAGUCCGGCUGCAGAUCCAAGGAGAAAGUCAGGGCCUAGUGCGGACCAUGGCCAGCACUCAGUACCGCGGAGUGCUGGGCACCAUCCUGACCAUGGUGCGCACCGAAGGCCCCCGCAGCCUCUACAACGGGCUGGUCGCCGGCCUGCAGCGCCAGAUGAGCUUUGCCUCAGUCCGCAUCGGCCUCUACGACUCUGUCAAGCAGUUCUACACCAAGGGCUCUGAGCAUGCUGGCAUUGGUAGCCGCCUCCUGGCAGGCAGCACUACAGGUGCCAUGGCUGUGGCGGUGGCUCAGCCUACGGAUGUGGUAAAGGUCCGGUUUCAAGCACAGGCCCGGGCCGGCAGUGGCCGGAGAUACCAAAGCACUGUGGAUGCCUACAAGACCAUUGCCCGUGAGGAAGGUUUGCGAGGCCUUUGGAAAGGGACGUCUCCCAAUGUUGCUCGCAAUGCCAUUGUCAACUGUGCAGAGCUGGUGACCUAUGAUCUCAUCAAGGACACCCUCUUGAAAGCCAACAUCAUGACAGAUGACCUCCCUUGCCAUUUCACAUCUGCCUUCGGGGCAGGCUUCUGCACCACCGUCAUCGCAUCCCCUGUCGACGUGGUCAAGACAAGAUACAUGAACUCUGCCCUGGGCCAGUACAGCAGCGCUGGGCACUGUGCCCUGACUAUGCUCCAGAAGGAGGGGCCUCGGGCCUUCUACAAGGGGUUCAUGCCCUCCUUUCUUCGCUUGGGCUCCUGGAACGUGGUGAUGUUCGUCACCUAUGAGCAGCUGAAACGAGCCCUCAUGGCUACCUACACUUCCCGGGAGGCUCCCUUUUGAGCCUCUUGCUUCUGUUGCUGACCUGGCCAUCCCUGGCAUUGGCUUCUGCCCAGCCAGACCCUACCUUUCCCUUCCCUUCCCUCCUCUCCCUCUUCUCUCUCUCCCCUCCCCAUACUUUCUCACC